AUGUCGACUGACCGGAGCGAGACAUCGACGAUGACAAGUGACGAUGAGGAGCUCAAGAUGUUGGGAUACCAGCCUUCCUUCCGGCGGGAAUUCACCAAUCUGGCUACUAUCAGCUUCGCGUUCAGCAGUAUGUGUGAUCUCUUGCCCUCAGAAGUUCAUUUCUCUCCACUUGAUGCCGGUAAGGUAACAUGGUGCUGGAUCCUUGGCUCGUGCAUGUGCCUCACCCUCGGAUCGAGCAUCGCCGAGAUCGUCUCCGCCUACCCGACUUGCGGCGGGAUGUACACGGCAUCCGCGAAACUCUGCCCCGAGAAGCACCGCGCCAUCGUAGGCUGGCUCAGCGUCAUCGCCCAGGUCGUCGGACUCUUCUCGCCCGAGUUCGAGCUUGCGAAUAUGAUCCUUGCUGCUGUCUCGCCCAGAUAUACGGUAACUCCCGAUGUGACUGUCGGAGUGUUCGCGACUCUAAUGAUGCACUCUGCGAACUUUGUGUUUGGCAGCAAGAGCAUUGUCAAUGGAACUGGUGGAUGGAACACCGGUGUUGCGUUCUUGCUUGGAUUGCUCAGCGUUCGUCUGAGCGUACUUGAGGAUUAUGACGCGACGACACAAAUCUCGCUGACCCAUCCAUUUUCCGAAGUCAUUGGCAUCAGGUUAUUUGGAUGGCUCUUUAACAUCGUGUUGAUUUUAUGUUCCGGACUUUUGAUGGGCAUUCCGGCUGCGUUGUUCCUCUGGACCAGGCUCAAGCAGGCUCACGCACUGUCUGUGCCUAUAGUCGCGACCAUGGUUCGCCACAAUUUGCAUUACUCACCUUCGCCGGUGUCUUACCUCAUCCCCUUUAUACCAGGCCUUCCAGAUGGAGCCUACUUUGGCGUGGUCUUGCGCUCGACUAGGACGCCUCUUCGCGCUAUCUGGCUCACGACUGUCCUCUCGGUUCUGCCUGAAGUCAACUUCAAACCCGGCCCGUUCUACAUGGGCGACGGCCUGCUUAGCUGGGCAGCCAACAUCACCUGCACAACAUGGACCCUCUUCGUCUGCGUCAUGUUCUCGCUGCCGAAUGAGAUGCCUGUCUCGCCUAAGAACAUGAGCUACUCGUCUGUGAUCACUGUCAGCAUUGUCAUCAUGAGCUUGCCCCUUUGCAUUUUCACUAUCUCUGCUGACCGCAUGCGAUACGAACAGGGUGUGGUACUUGUCUGGAGGCACUACCACGGGCCGCAAUCCAAUCUCGCCUCAUCCGCGGACAGCGAGGAUGUUGAGGGUAUUCGUAUUGAUGAAGAACUAAAGGAGAAGGCAUGA